GUUCGACUUUGAUUGUGAGUUUCUCCGGCUUCCAUCAACAACCGAAAUGUUGGACUUGGCCUUGACAACAAGAAUUUCUCAACGGGAUGAGGUUAGGUGGGCAGCCUCGGCUUGAACUAUAAAAAUGGAGGGACACGGGCGCAGUUCAUCUGUGCCAGCACACAACCAAGACCCUUUGUAACUGACGACUCUCGUCGGCUCAGCAACAUGAAGCUCACUUUCAUUGUUGGGGCUUUCACCAACCUCCUGGCUCUCGCCUCAGCGGCGUCUUUCUCCAACCCCCUCAAGGCCACCAAUGGAUCCGAUCCGCACAUGACCUACUAUAACGGGUACUACUAUUUGAUGACCACGACAUGGACGAACCUGCAAAUCACCAGAGCGAAGACGCUCGAGGGCCUCAAAACGGGAGAGACCCGCGUGGUCUGGACUGAUUCAGACCCCUCGCGGUGCUGCAACGUCUGGGCCCCCGAGCUGCACAAGAUUGGCAACUCAUGGUACAUCUACUACACGGCGGGUAACAGCCAGAACCUGGAUGGCCAGCGUAUGCAUGUCUUGAAGGGUGGUGGUAAUCCUUUCAGUCGCUACUCGUACGCCGGUCAACUCACCCAGGACUGGGGCAUCGACGGCAGCAUCCUCGCCGUCCAGAACAAAAGCUACUUUGUCUGGUCCUGCUUCUCGGGCACCCUGCAGUCCCUCUGCAUCGCGCCCAUGAACUCGCCCACCACGAUUGGCGCCCGCAAGGUGCUGUCGGAGCCGCUCCUGGACUGGGAGCGCGCCCAGGGCCAGCCACCCGUCAACGAAGGGCCCACGGCGCUCUACCACAACGGCAAGAUCUUUUUGGUUUACAGCGCCAGCUUCUGCUGGACGCCGAGCUACCAGCUUGGCGUGCUCACUUACAACGGCGGCGAUCCGACGCUGGCAAGCAGCUGGACCAAGACGGGCCCGUUCUUCAGCUCGGCGAAUGGAAACUAUGGGCCCGGCCACAACUGUUUCAUCAACAGCCCGGACGGAACCGAGGUUUGGAACAUUUACCACGCGACUUGGAUCCAGACUGGAAACUGCGAUGGGAACCGGUAUACGGCGGCCAAGAAGGUCAGCUGGAAUGCCGACGGGUCGCCCAACUUUGGUAGCCCCGAUCCGCUGGGAAUUGUCACUGCUGGUCCGUCCGGAGAGAAGGCAUGAUUUGUUGGCAAGGCACCGUCAUGUCGACCAUGCUGCAGUGUUUGGGACUGUCGGACGCAUAAGGGAGAAGCUGUACCUGGAGGGUCUCAGAGACUCUAGUCAACUGGCAUCGCUGACCAUAGUUCCCUUCAACCCUAAGGUAACACUCCUAAGGUACCGGACCAUCUCUAGGCUAGCUGUGACAAAAAUUGUUUCCAAUCGCAGCCACGCUGAGCGAC